GACGCGCACUGAUCGGCUCAACAUGGCGACGAGAGGUUACUCUGUAGCUUAGUAACAAGAAGCCUCCCGUCCGAACCCAAGCAAGAGCCGUUUAUCUCGCGUUUCUGGACCCGCACGGGUUCGGUUCUUUGUCCGUUAGUCCCGCGGUGUCCCGUUAAAACCCACCUUAAAUAAAGUAGAAACGAAUAAACGCAGAGCUUUGCGGGAAGCUAGCUCAAAGUUAGCAUCAGCGCUAGCAUGCUGUAUUUGUAAACAGUGAUUGACACACGCUGCUCCGAGUGAAUCCCGACAGUUUGAAGGACAAACUUUACCUCACAAGGAUUAUCAACACUUCAAACUUCUGCUUCGUGAUCGAGCUCUGAAGCAGCAGGAUGCCGGCGAGAAGAAGAGACCAGUACAAACAGGGAGACCUGGUGUUCGCCAAGAUGAAGGGCUUCCCCCACUGGCCUGCGAGGAUCUUUAAGCCGGACAACGGAAACAAGAAGCGGGUCCUGGUCUUCUUCUUCGGGACCCACCAGAUAGGUCAGGUCCUCCUGGAGAACAUCGUCCCCUUCGUCGGGAACAAGACGAAGUACGGCUGCGGCGUCCGCAGCAAAGGCUUCUCCGAGGGCAUGUGGGAGAUCCAGAACACGCCAGGAGUCGGGAGUAAACUCAAAGUGCCGACCAACACGCCGCCCGCUGCUAAAGCUCCGCCCGCUGCCAAAGCUCCACCCCCUAAAGCUCCACCCGCUACCUCUUCUGAUAAACCCUCGCAGGACCAACUUAAAUCCACCGACAGCAAGCCGGGCGCCGGCAGCAAGCGAGUCAAACGUAAACAGGAAGCUGGCGCCGCGGCUACGCCUCCGAAGAGGCUCUCGCUGAGAUCCACUCCGCAGAAAGCGCCGGAGUCCAAAACGCCGCCGGGCAAGACCUCCGCAGGCACCAGGAGCAGAAGGUCGGCAGCAGGAAGGAGAAGUGAGGAGGAGGAGGAGGAGAAGAAGGAGGAGGUCGAAGCCGAGCAGCACGAGGAGACGACACCCGUUGUGACCCCUAAAGUGAGCGAGAAGCCGAAGGCUGGUCCAACUCAAAUGUCAAAGAACAAGGGAGGACCGAGGGACGAGGAAGAGGAGUCAUCACAGAGCCAAGGAAUCAAAAAGAGCAAAGACGACAAGAAGGAAGAGAAGGAGGCAUCACAAAGCCAAGGAGUUAAGAAGAAGAGACACGAGAAGGAGGAAGAGAAGGAGUCAUCACAGAGCCAAGGAGUCAAGAAGAAGAGAGAUGAGGGAGAGGAGUCAUCACAGGGCCAAGGAAGCAAGAAGAGGAGAGGCAAGGAAGAUGAGUCAUCACAGGGCCAAGGAGUCAAGAAGAAGAAAGACGACAAGAAGGAAGAGAAGGAGGCAUCACAAAGCCAAGGAGUCAAGAAGAGAGACGAGAAGGAGGAAGAGGAGUCAUCACAGGGCCAAGGAGUCAAGAAAAGGAGAGACGUGAAGGAGGAAGAGAAGGAGGCUUCACAAAGCCAAGGAGUCAAGAAGAGAGACGAGAAGGAGGAAGAGGAGUCAUCACAGGGCCAAGGAGUCAAGAAGAAGAGAGAUGAGAAGGAGGAAGGGAAGGAGGCAUCACAAAACCAAGGAGUCAAGAAGAAGAGAGAUGAGAAGGAGGAAGGGAAGGAGGCAUCACAAAGCCAAGGAGUCAAGAAGAAGAGAGACGAGAAGGAGGAAGGGAAGGAGGCAUCACAAAGCCAAGGAGUCAAGAAGAAGAGAGACGAGAAGGAAGAAGGGAAGGAGGCAUCACAAAGCCAAGGAGUCAAGAAGAAGAGAGACGAGAAGGAAGAAGGGAAGGAGUCAUCACAAAGCCAAGGAGUGAAGGAGGAGGAAGAGAAGGAAAAAAGUCAGGCCGGUGGUGAAGGAAGGAGAAAGGAGACGACAACAAGGAAAGGAGUGAAACAAAAGAAGGAGGAGGAACAGAAGCAAGAUGUGGAGGGAGAGAGAGGAGCAAAGAUCAAAGAGACCCAGGAAGAGAAGGAGUCCUCAGAGAGCCAAGGAGUCAAGAGGAAGAGGGACCAGGGCGAAGGAGCAAAAAGGCAGGAAGAGGAGGAGAAACAGAAGAAGACGAAGCCAGAUGAAGGAGGUGUGGAAGGAAAGAAAGAAGAGGUGAAGGUUCCAGGGGGCCGAGUGGUGAAGACAAGGAGAGCAAGGAAAACACAACGAGGAGGAGGAGAGGAAGAGGAGGGGACAAGGAGGCAGACUAGUAAACGAAUGAGAGGAAAGAAGGAAACUGAGACGGACGGACAGGAGGAGGAGGAGGAGAAGAAGGAGGUGACGGAGGAAAAGAUGAAGAAAUGUGGAGGGAGCAAAGGGACGAAGGCGAGGAGAGCAGAGGAGGAGCCGGGAGGCGUCGCUGUGGACGAGGAGAGACAGUGGCGCCUGGCGGCCAAAAGGGAAAGUCUGCUGAGGUCUCUGAGAGGCCUCCUGAAGGCCGGAAGAGGAGGGAGGAGGUGCCAGAAGAAGAGCGGAGGUGGAGCCAAGAAGAGUGGAGGCGGAGCCAAGAGCGGAGGCGGAGCCAAGAAGAAGGUGGUGGAGGAGAAGAAGAGAAGAAGUCAGGCGGCUGCGUUUGAGAAGAAGAAGAGUUUGACCGGCAGGAAAGAGAAAGAAACGUCGACGGGGGUGAAACCCAAAGGAGGUGCUGAAAAAGACAAGAAGGUGAAGGUGAAGUCGGAGAAGGACGAGCAGAAGACAGAGACGGACAAGAAGACAGACGGGAGGAAAACCUCGGACGACGUGAAGACAAAAGACAAGGAGGAGGGGACGAAGACGGAGGAGAGGAAGAUCAUCGGGAAGAUCGUGAAGGCAACGUGUGGAGGAGGAACGAAGGUCCAGGUGAAGACCAUCAUGGGAGGAGCGGCGGCAGAAGAGAAGAAGAACAAAGAGGAGAAGGAGAAGAGGUCAGGGAAACCGAAGGAGGCGGCGAGAGAGACGGACGACAGGAAAGAGGAGAAGAAGAAGAAGAAGAAGAACAGCGACGAGGAGCCCAGAGCUACGGCAAAACCCCAAGAGAAGAAGAAGAGCAAGGAGUGCGAGGCGGGAAAAACGGCAUCGACUGACGAGGAGAUGGAGAAGAAGAGCAGCCAAAGUGCAGAAGAAGAAGCAGCAGCAGCGGUGACGAAGAGGCCCGACGCCGAAGAUGAGACGAAACCACAGAAGAGCAGCGACAAGCCGGUUGCGGAGGAGGCGGCGGGGAGGAGCGCGGAGGAGGGAGACGGGGCGGCGGAGGGCGGCUCGUCGGGUGGCGCCGAGGCGGAGAGGCGGAGUCCCGCCAUGACGCUGACGGACUCCACGCUGCACCGGCUCCACGGAGACAUCCGGAUCUCCCUGAAGACCGACAACCCCGACGUCAGGAAGUGUCUGACGGCGCUGGACCAGCUCAGCAUGGUCUACGUGACGUGUAAACAUGUCCAGAGGCACAGCGAGCUGGUCUCCACCCUCCGGAAGCUGCGCUCCUACCGAGCCAACCGGGCCGUCAUGGACAAGGCGGCCAUGUUGUACAGCCGCUUCAAGAACGCCUUCCUGGUGGGGGAGGGGGAGGAGGUGGUGAGCGCCGCCUUCCUGCGCUCGCUGCUGGAGGAGAAGGAGCGGGAGGAGGCUCAGCGGGCGGAGAGGGAGCAAGGCAAGGGGGAGGAGCCAGUGGUGGAGGGGAGGAGCAGCGAAGGAGGAGAAGGAGGAGGAGGAGGAGCAGAGACGGAGACGAUGUCCCUGAAGGCUGUGUGAGGUUGACCUGGAAGAUGAGGACAUGGACCCUGGAUGUUUAUACGUCUCAGCAGGACAGUUGGUCAGCAUUAACAUGAUUAACAUUCACCUGAGCAUUAACCCCCACGUGACCUUUGACCUCUUGAAGCUAACUGUACCUUUGAAGAAGCCGACGUAGCCUUAAACCCACCGUUGCUACAUUGUCCUGCAGAACUCACGGGGACAUCCUGUCCUCACGGUGUCCUCCAGGUGUUCAGGUGACAGGACUCAUGGGACUCUUUAUUUUAAAGUUAAAUCACACAUGAUUAUUUAUAAUGACGGGGCUGAUGGGAAAUGUAGUUUUAAUGUGAAAGGGGCUUUAAUUGAAGCAUUAACUGCUUUUCUAGAAGUUUGUACAGAGAGAUGUUUUUUUGUGUAUUUUUACCGUGAGAUGUGUUGUUGUUGUUUACUCUGUGACAACAAACAGAUGUGGUGAAACGUGCUGUUUGUUCCAGAUGUUUAAGAUUCACGACGGAGCAGAAUA